AUGAAUCAGAUGUUGAGUAAACUAACUAAUUAUUUUAAGCGUGUGUACAAUCAAUUAAGUAAAGUACAUAGUUUAUUUCCAUUAGUAUUGCUUGCUUUAUUCAUACUUAUAGUAAUUAAACUAUUCACUCGUAAAUCAGUCAGCAAUGCAGCUCCACCAGCUCGUCCUAACAAUGCUAAAGAAGAAUUGGAAGAAGGUAUUUCUACAGCAAAGAAAAGAAUGAAAAAGAAGAAUGAAUAA